AUGACAAGAAUAACCAGCCGAGAGUCUAUGUCAACUCUUGUUGGUUCAAUCCCCAGUUCAGAUGGAAGUCCUUCUCAUAACAGACCACCUAUUUAUGCCGAGACCAACGACAAUUCCGACCAAGGUUCGUUAUUUACAACCUUGUCUGACGAAACUAUGAUUAACCAGAUUGCCCGCGUAUUACGGCUUCCUGUAACGACAUUCACUAGGGUACGAGAGUUUCCAUUGAUCUCUACGUUUUUGCAUUCAGGAGUGCUAUUGUUCAGCUCGAUGGCAGAAUACGAGAAGGAGCUGGCAUACCCCAUACUACAAACGACUUCGUCCAAAUUGAACAUAUUCAAGAUGAAUUCUCCAAUUCUCACCAUCUGCAGAUAUAAACUGGCUACUGAGAAAUUCGACUAUUGUAAAGUGUACUUUAAAAUCUACUCUACCCACAUCAACUACUACGUACUAAAGUUCAAUCACGGCGAUGAUAGUGCCGAAGAAACGGUUCUUUUACUCAAUAAUAACAGCCACCAGCCUACGGUAGACUUUGAGCUUGAAGACAGCAAGUUCCGUAUUGUUGGUGUUACGGGGACGUCUUCUACUUUCGGAACUCAUAGUCUGAUAAAGGUGUUUGUCAUGAAAAACAAUGCCAAUUUACUUACCAACGACAUUACAGUUCUAAAACCGGAAGACCAUCACAAGACCAGAAUAAAAAUCGGCGACGGAAACCAAUUACUGAAAGUUAUCGAAAAACAGGACAGAAUGGGUGUGAAUCAACAAAUCGAAGCUGAACAGCCACUCGUUCCAGUUCCUCUAGUAACAUUUGUGGACGAAGGAAGCAAGAAACUAGAGAAGAAUUUUUUGAAGAAUGGAACCAUUAAGCUUUUCGAUUACCAGGAGCAACUUUCGGAGGAAGCGGUGAAGCUAGCGACAAUAGUCUUGGUAUUGCGAGAACAAGAGUACAGGAAAUACAAAGGUGAUAACAAGCCUAGUUAUGUGAAAUGA